AAGGCGACCGAGGGGUGGAAAAAAGGAGAAGGGUGUUAGGCCUGGCAGGAGUGCUGAGGGUUUUGGGCGGCUGGGCUGCUCUCCUGGGCGGUGUCCGGGAAGCUGCUGCCCGAGUCGCCCUGGGUUUCCGCCACCCUCUGAGAGGUGUCCGAGCGCGUGGGGUCCACUAGCGAGACCUUUAGGCCGGCGCCAUGGGCUGCUGCUUCUCUAAGAGACGGAAGAGUGAGAAGGAGGCGAAGACUGAGGGAGAGGAGGAGCAGCCCAAGCUGUACAGCUGGGACCAGCGGGAGAAGGUUGAUCCAAAAGAUUACAUGUUCAGCGGGCUGAAGGGUGAAACAGUAGGUCGCUUACCUGGAAAAGUGGCAGGACAACAAUUUGUCAUUCAAGACUGUGAGAACUGUAACAUCUAUAUUUUUGACCACUCAGCUACCAUUACCAUUGAUGACUGCACCAACUGCAUACUUUUUUUGGGACCAGUGAAAGGCAGUGUGUUUUUCCGAAAUUGUAGAGAUUGCAAGUGUACAUUAGCUUGCCAGCAGUUCCGUGUGAGGGACUGUAGAAAGUUGGAAGUCUUUCUGUGCUGUGCCACUCAACCCAUUAUUGAAUCUUCCACAAAUAUCAAGUUUGGGUGUUUUCAGUGGUACUACCCUGAGUUAGCAGCCCAAUUCAAAGAUGCAGGGCUGAGUAUCUUCAAUAACAUAUGGAGUCAUGUUCAUGAUUUUACACCUGUGUCAGGAGAGCUCAAUUGGAGCAUUCUUCCAGAAAAUGCUGUGGUUCAAGACUAUGUUCCUAUUCCAACUACUGAAGAAUUCAAAGCUGUACGAAUUUCCACAGAAGCCAAUAGAAGCAUUGUUCCCAUAUCCCGGGGUCAGAGACAGAAGAGCAGCGAUGAGUCAUGCCUAGUGGUAUUAUUUGCUGAUGAUUACACAACAGCAAAUGCCAGGAAACUAAUUGAUGAGAUGGUUGGUAAGGGGUUUUUCCUAGUGCAGACAAAGGAGGUGUCAAUGAAAGCUGAAGAUGCUCAAAGGGUCUUCCGAGAAAAGGCAUCUGACUAUUUUCUUCUCCUGAACAAAGGUCCUGUGAUUGCCUUGGAAUUUAAUGGAGAGGGUGCUGUAGAAGGAUGUCACCUUAUUGUAAAUGAGAUAUUCAACGGGACAAAGAUGUUUGUAUCUGAAAAGAAGGAGACAGCAUCUGGAGAUGUUGACAGCUUUUAUAACUUUGCUGAGAUACAGAUGGGGAUUUGAAGCGGAUUGUGAAAUGGGAAUUUGAAAGCUGAGUGCCAUCUGUAGUCCCAGGCUACCUGGAAUGCUAAAGUGGAGGAAUCUCUAGAGCUCAGGAGUUCAAGACCAGCCUUGACAACAUAGUGAGACUGUAUUUCCAAAGAAAGAAAAAACUAAGAUACUCAGUAAUACUUGUGACUGAUGCUGACAUUGCUGUUUGAAGAACUAACAACUUCAUGAGUAGUAUGACUGUUUUUAAAAUACAACUGCCAGAUGACCCUUCUGUUUCCUAGUAAGAAAAAGUAUAUGCAACAUAAAACUACAGAACUCUACUCACCAGAUUACUGUCUGAUAGCUCUUGUGACUAUGAAGAGAUCUAGAGCAAAACCUGUGACUUUUGGGUAAGGUCUGACUGUAGGCUAGGCAGGUUUUUCAAAAUAUCCAUACAUUUUUAACUCAUGUAAAGUUUAAGGAUGGUAACAGUUUUGGCUACCUGAAAUCAUUAUUUCUCAAACCCAUUGGGUCAUAGUAAUUUUCCAGGAGGAAUGGGAAUUGUUCAGACAUACACAUUGGUGGACCCAGUCUUCAAAUGCACAGUUUUCAAGGGAAACUGCUUUAGGCUGUAUUGUUAUCUAAACUAAUAGUUUUGAAAGUGUUGAUAGGUUGGUCUUAUCACAUUUAGCAGGGACAAACAGGAACAGCUUUCUUAGGUCCAUUUAAAGGAACUUGAAACUAUUUUUAUAAAACAGACUGAAAAUGGCCACUUAUAACUUCCUUUCAUGGUUGUUACUAAAAGUGUAUUUUCAUAUUUAAAAUGCUUUUGGAUAUUUUCAAGUCAACUUAUAACUACCAUGUUGAAUUGUUAAUGUGUAGAAAUAAUACUUUGUUAUUUUAAAUUAAGAAUAUCUACACUGUGCCUAGCCUUGUGCUGUCAUCAUUUGAGCAUUUCUUUUAUAAAAGCAUCAUGUUUUACAAAAUCAGUAUGAUCUCAUGAGUUGAAAAUAAAAACUGCUGGCAGGUAUAAUAGAAUUUCUAUCAUAUUUUACAAAUGAUCUUUGCAAAUUGUGGUCAGAGGCAUUAAUGUUUUCCUGAGUUAAGCUAAAUUAAAUGCAUUCUUUUCUGUCUUGAUUAUUAAAUGUCACUAUUCACAUUUAAAGUAAUCUCAAAAUCGCAAUACUUGUUUUUUCCAUAACUAAAAUGCAAUGUUAUACAAACCUAUACAUUGAGUUUAUUUUUUAUCUUAUUUGUAGCAUUGUUCAAAAAACUCAGGAAUAUAAUGUAAAGGGACAUUAAGAUUUUACCACCAAAUUUAGCCUGUUAACCAAAGCCUAAAAUUGUCUCUUCAGUUAGAUAAAAACUUUUACUGAUGUUGGCUAUUUAUUGAUUAAUAACUGUCAGUUGACUAUUGAAUAUUUGAAAGGUUUUUAAAAUAAGUAGUUCUAUGUCAGUUGUUUCUAUAAUUCUAAACUUUGGUAGUAAUCAUGAUAUACUAACUACAUUUCAUUUCUGAGUAGCUUUUAAAUUCAUGAAAAAUAAAUAGCAAUGAAAAAU